AUGGCGUUAUCAGCGUCACUCAAGGACCUGUCUAAGGUACUGACGUCCUUCUUCGCCUCACCUUCCCUUCCGCUGCCCGACGAUGUCGCCGAGGUCAUCGAUGCCUACCUGAACAAGCAUGAAAAAUACGAUGAUUCGAGCGCCGAACGACUGCAGGAUGAACUCCUCAGCACCUGGGAGAAGCAAAUAAAGGAUGCGCCGGCCAAAUAUGCCCCUUUUCUACAUAUCUUCCGCCUUCUGGUGCCUGCGAUCCGCGCGCCCGCCCGCUUGCUCAAGUGGUGGGAUAUGCUUCACAACCCUGUCCUGGAGAAUAUCACCCGGGAGAAGGAUUUGAUGGAAGAGUCAAACUUGGCAACACUGGAAGUUUUGAUGCUAGGAACACCUGAAGACGACGACUCAAGUGCCGAACCCGGCAUCAAUCCGUUCGCCAAACGGCUAUUGCUGGCAUGGUUGGAAAGAUACCACAAAAUUCAGUCCGAGAGCGACUUGAAUGCGCAAUCCAGCGAGCGCACGCUACGUCAGGCUUUGAUCACCUACGGCAAGAAGAAGCCCAAAGAUUUUCUCUCCACAUUGGAUACCUGCUUCGUGCGGAGUGAAUUCCGAGCGAGAGUCGCCAGACUGCUUUGCGAAUUCAUUCAAAGUCAGCCACCGCACCUACACCUAAUACUGCAGACGCCGCUGUUCAACAACUUGAUGCGAUGCUUACAGCAAGACACAUCAGCAGCCGUCAUUUCCGUGACAAUCACCGCUUUGAUUAUGAUAUUGCCGCAUAUGCCAAGUUCGUUGGUGCCGCAUCUCCCAACUCUGUUCAACAUAUACGCACGGUUGCUAUUCUGGGAUAGCGAAUGGACUGGAAUCAUUGAGCCCACAUCGGAUGAAGGCGAUCAGAAGAGUCUCGCAUUGCCGUCAAGGUGGGAGACCUGCCAUUCUCCGCCAGAGGCCGAUGAAAUUGAGAUCCCUCACUUGUCCAACUACUUCACAAUUCUCUACGGCUUAUAUCCCAUCAACUUCAUGGACUACAUCCGGAAACCACAGCGGUAUCUCCGACAUGCAAAUGCAGUCAACCCGGACGAGCUUGAAGUCCAGCCAACCGAAAUACGGCACAAGUCUGAACGCUACAGGCAAAGUCACCUUCUGCAUCCCAACUUCUACACUCUCACGAUCGACUCCGAAAAGACCGACUUCGGGCGUUGGAUGACAAGUGAGCCCGCAGAAGUCGUGGCUGAAUGUAUGGCGCUGCGUUUUUCCCCCGAAACUUUCGCAACUGUCGACCAGGGCCAUGGCCAAGCCCUUGAGGCACACAACUCCCCGCGGAGCGACGAAUCAGAUCGGGAUGGUCUCGGGCCUGCCCUGCUUAGUGGCUCCAGUUUGGAACCUGUGGCAGAGAGCUGGAAAACCACGCAAAAUCCAGAACAAGACGAGGGAGCGAGCAGCCAUACCCAUGCUACUAGCCAGCGCCAGAGCUCACUAUCUAGUCAGCCUUCACAUAGGACCUCACUCGAAGCCCCCAAGGCCGAUAUAGUAGCUGACAGCCCUACGCUACCCCCGCAGCUCGUCACAUCGCCCUCUCAUACACAGUUGCAGGACAUGUUGCACUCGAAUAAGGUCAUCAAGUCGGGACUCCAUCAGUCACUGGCGAACGACAGUGUCCCGUCACUCGCCCUGAGCCAUCAGGAGUCCGCGGCAGAGAAGUCUAACAGUUAUGUGCCCCCUCCUCUACCGACUGUUUCAGCCCCCACGUCUGUUUCCGAUGGCCAGUCUCAGAUCGCGCAUUUGCAGCGGCAGAUUCUCCUUCUGCACAAUGACCUGAACUUUGAGAGGUAUCUCAAGCAGCAACACAUGGCACACAUCGGUGAGUUGCGGCGAAGGCAGGUUAGGGAAGCGGCAAGUGAGGCUGAGACCCAGAAUCUCAUCCUGACCAAUCGAACAUUGAGAAAGCGGUUGGAAGAUUCAAAGAAGGCCGAAAUGCAGACCAGGAAGGAGUCGGAGAAGAGCCGUACACUGGCGAAGAAGUGGGAGUCCGACUUAUCCGCCAAACUGAGAACGCUGCGUGAGGAAUCGAGAAAGACCAAGACGGAAAUCCAAUCGUUGAAGCAGGAGCUCCAGAGUGCAAGAGAAGAGUGCGAGAAACUGAAGAAGCUGGUAUGCGACGCCGAGGUCAAGGAGCUCAAUUCGAAGCAGACCAUGCAAUCCAUCGAGAUCAAUGCCGCCGAGAAUGAUCGGCUGAAGGCCGAUGUGGAGCGCCUGUCGACCUCGGAAAGGAAUCUCCAAGCUAAGGAGGGAGAGAGGCAGGCGGCGAUCACGUCUGCGACGGAAGCAGAAAACCGAGCAAAGACGCUUGGCUUGCAGCUUCAGGCUCGCGAGGAGGAGCUCCAAAAGACCAAGAAGCUCUUCCAGGCCCAGAUCGGGGUGCUGAACGCGAAGCUCCUCGAAGCACACACCGGUCUCUACAGUAAACGAACCGCCGAGACCAAGGCUGCUGUGGAGAGUGCCCUUGCAGCGAGCCGGGCGAAGCAGGCCGAGCUGCAGAAGCAGUAUACCACUCUGAUGAGGAAGUACACAGUACUGCAGUCGCAGGUCGAGGAGAACCGGUUCUCGGUUGGGUCGUCCAACUCGCACGGACGAGGUGACUUGGUCUUCUGCAUGGAUGGCGACGGUGAGGGCUCAAUGCACUCAACCAGUCCCGUCACGACGCGGGGAAGCCACUCAGGCUUGCACAGGGUCUUGUCCGACCACGACUUCAUGACGUACAACGCGACACCGCCCAUCAUGUCCAAGCCGGCGACGCCGGUGCCGGCGGGCCUGGCGCAUCUGCCGCCAGUGCAGUCCAGCCCGCUGGAUUUGGACGACGGCGCAGCGGCCAGCCCAUCGUCGGCAGAAGCGAAAUAUCACGGCAGAGGCGGAGUUCAAAACCGACGAAAAGACGAAAAGGGCAAGAAGUCCGGAGUGAUUCGGGGUAUCCGCGGAUACAUGUGA